AUGAUUAAGAUUGUUUUACUAUUUUACACUUAUUUUAUGAUCAGUGUUAUGGUAGGCAGAAAAGACACCUCAAAGAGUGUGAAUAGUACAAUUAAAGGAAUUAACAGCUACUAUUGCCCUGACUCAGAUAAUUUCACUGUUGUUGGAAAUAGCUUCUCUUCCAAUUUUGAAUACUUCGAGCUUUCAAUUGCCACUUGCACUGGAGUAGGGUGUCCCUUUGAUCUUGAAGAAGUGAUUCAGAGUUUGACGGUUGAUAUGGUGAUAGCCAACACCUACUUCGACUUUGAUGAUUACAACGACCCUGUGAAAACCUACAUUGAUGACAGACUGGUCUACAAGCUGAUUCCAAACUUCAAGAAAGCCGUCAAAGGCUACAUCCAGAAGAACGAAGCAGAAGUUCAGGAUGGGUUUUUCUCGUACAAGCCAGAUGGGAGUGAGAGAGAAUUCAUAGGAGUUGACACUAUCUCUCAGGAUAUUGCAGCUCUUGAUACAGAUGAAGUUAUAUUUGCGAUGACUUUCGUGAAAGACUCAAUUUCGAAAUCCUUCGAGCGUUCAGUGUUCACAUUCAUGGAGGCGACUGGCAACAUCGGAGGACUCUUCGAGAUCCUCGAGAUCAGUGGAGGCCUCCUUGUCAGCUUGUUCUCAGGAAGGAUCUUCUUGUUUUCAGUGCUCCCUAAGUUGUAUCAUGUUGAUGAUCCUCACAAAAUAGACGAAGAACAGGAUAGCCAAGAGAGUGAACAGAAGAAAGAAGACUUUCAUACAUCACAGAUGAGAUUCCAGCAAGAAGGCACUCUACAAGGAGGAGGAAAUGACUCUAAAGAAAUCGUGUUAGAUCAGGACACAGAUAAAAAGGAAGCUUUAUCCAAUAAAGUGAAAGAAGUUAUGAAGAGAAGGGUGAGAUAUGAUUGGAAAAUAACUGACUUUGUUUUCAACUUCUUCAGAUUCCUUUCUCUAUCUUGUUAUUGCUGUAUGAGGAAUAAGACUUCACUCCACCUCAGAAACAAACUCAAGCUUUACGAUAAGGGUGAAACAAAGUUCAUCAAAGAGUUCGAUGCAAUGCACUAUGCAAGGACCAUGAGGAAUCUAGAGAUAUUGGUUACUUCAAUGAUUGACAAGAACGAGAGGUUCAUGACCACUUAUCAAAAAGCCAAUGUAGUUUCAUUGCUUAGCGAUUCUGGCAGCAAUAUUAGUAGCAAUAACUAUGAAUCUGUUCCUCAUGCUUUUUCUUCAUUGGCAAAGAAGAGAGCUCAUCACAAAUAAAGUAGAACAUUUUAUGGGCCAAUACUCUGAAGAAAAAUGGACGCAAAAAGAUCUUAGAUUGCUUAAAGGAGUUUUGACCAGCAAGAGAGUGACAGACAAAGAAAUACAAAAUUUAGUGAGAAAGAAAGAUAAUUCGAAUAUUUAUAAUGAAGAGUAUGCUUUCUACUCUAAAAGAAUUCCUAUCCUAUUAAAUUUGAAAAGAAAUUUAUAUUAUAUACCUAACCCUAAGAAUAAACCAGACCAACUUUAUAGAAUAAGAUCAUCUCCAGAAUCAAUACAAUUCUGUAAAUCCCCCAAAAUCACCCCAUACGAACAAGAAGAAUCAAAAGACAGUAUCAUGCAUAAGAGAAACAACGCUUUUCACUCCCCUAACUUCACCCUUUACCCAACAAAACCAGUCCCUAUCUCCACACUCCCAAACCGGCCAAACCUAAAAUCCCUCUAA